GCGCUGAGUGUGGAAACCCCAAGUUGGGCCCCCGGGCAGCACAUCCUCUUCUCUUGUGUCAUCAGGCAGGCUCUGUCCUUCCCCCAUAAUCUCUCCAGGACGGGCACCGCUGCAGGGGCUGGGCUAUGGCCCCCCAUCCCACCACCCUCCUGUGCUUCACGCUCUGUCUGGGCCAGAUGAUCCGCACGUGCCGAGGGUCCCUGCCCAGGCCCUCCAUCACAGCUGAGCCAGGCCCUGUGGUCCCCUGGGGACAGCCUGUGACCAUCGUGUGCCAGGGCCCUGCUGGGGCUGAGACAUUCCGCCUGCAGUACAAGGAGAAUACGCAUAAGUACGAGGAUGAGAGUAACACGAUUCAAAUUGGUCCACACCAGACAGCGGCCAGGUUCCCCAUCGCUGCUGUAAGUGAAGACACUGUCCGGAAUUAUCAGUGCCUCUAUCAUCAAAGUGGCAUUUGGUCUGAGUCCAGUGAGACCUUGAAGCUGGUGUUGACAGGACCCCCUGGGGAUUUCAGCUCCCCCCACACGGAGCCCUCCUCCUCAGCUGGAGACACACGGACGCAUUCACAGGAUGGAAACAAUCCCGGCCCAUGGACAGAGCAUGUUUACAUUCUCAUCGGGGUCUCUGCAGCCUUUCUCCUUUGUCUCCUCCUCUUGGUCCUCCUCCUCCUCCAGCGCUGGCAUCAGAGGAAACAGGGGCCCCCCAGAAGCAAAGGCAAGGAGCCAGAGCCCCAGGAGAGGCUCAGCCCAGCUGUUGACGUCCUAGAUGGGACACCAGACCCGGCCACUGUCCACAGACUUCCUGAGAAGGACAGAGAGAUGGAAGCUUCGACCCCUGCUGACCCGCAGGAGGUGACAUAUGCCCAGCUGGACCACCGGACCCUCACACAGAGGGUGGCCAGAGCUGUGACCCCGCCGUCCACAGAGCCCGCAGCCGAGUCCAGCACAUACGCAGCCAUCUCCAGACACUGACCCCAAGCCCCCCUGGCCUCUGUAGCAAAGACACCGCGAGUCACUCUUACAAAAGCCUGAGGUGGAUAUUUGGAGGGUUUUGCCCUUUCUGGACAGUCAUCCUGUCAGGUCUCCUGGAGGCAAGAGCUGGAGUCCCCACAGCCCUGAUCAUCAUCUAGAAGAUUCAGCAGCCAUGUGGUCCCUCCCACAGUCAACUAGCUCCUUGGAGAGAAUGUGUAGCACCUGCUUCUAGAGACCCAGCUGGGGUCCCUUGGCUGUUUCCGGAGACCCAGCGGUGGUCCUACAGUCACCCAGCUGAUUCCAGACGUAUCCUAUGAAUCCCCCCCUGUCCCCGGAGAUCCAUUUUAACUGUCCUCUCAGCUGACUUGAUGAAAUUCCCAGGCUUCAGCUGUUGACCUUGACCCUGGGGUGUACUUAUGCAGCCAAUAGCACAGACCACGUCUUCUGGAACAUGCUUCACCUUGUUCCUCAGUAAUAAAUGUUCCCACAGGCC